AUGCGAGUAUACUGGAAGGGGGAAUGUACCCAUUGUCUGGAGUAUAGGGAGCUGAAACUGGGCCUUUAUGAUAACUACCAAGUAAUGGGUGUCAAUUGUGAAGAAAAUGAAGUCGUAAGCUGUCUGUUGGUGGAGUGCUCUGGUGGUGAUUAUUGUCCGGCGGAAAAUUAUUGUUUUAAUCCCAAGUGUGUCUGCCGGAAAGGAUAUCGAAAGGUACGCGGUGUCUGCAUACCCAAACAUACCUCCCUCUAUUUAAAACCAAAGGUCUUGGAAACGGCUUUGUUGGAAAUGCCUUAUCGAGAGGAUUUCUCUUUAAAGAAAUAUUAAAAAUGAAAAAAAUCACCCCCUAAACUAUGCUAC